GAUCUGAUCGUCUCAUCUAUCCAUACAUCAAGAUGCAGUCGACCAGCGGUACUGAUCUGAACCCGAAACAAGAACAAGAACAACAACCACAGCAGCAACAGCAGCCGCCGCCGCAGCAACGGCCGCAGUGGGUGGCUGGCCAAUGGAUGGGAGCCAUGCAGUACCCGACAGCGGCUUCCAUGGUAAUGAUGCAGCAACAGAUGAUGAUGUACCCUCACCAUUAUAUGGCUUACAACAAUCCUCAGUUCCAGUACCAACAAUAUCAACAACAACAGCAAGGUAAACACCCGUACCAGCAGCAAAGCUGCUCGCAGAAACAGCAAGGGUCUAACUCGGAUGAGGUCAAAACGAUCUGGGUUGGCGACCUUGCUCAUUGGAUGGAUGAAACUUAUCUUCACAGUUGCUUUUUUCAAACUGGAGAGGUUUCUUCUGUAAAGAUUAUACGCAAUAAGCAAACCGGUCAGUCUGAAGGAUAUGGCUUUGUGGAAUUUUACUCACGGACAGCAGCAGAAAAAGUUUUGCAAAGCUAUAAUGGUUCUUUAAUGCCAAAUACAGAGCAGCCUUUUCGUCUCAAUUGGGCUUCAUUCAGUGCGAAUGAAAGGAGACCGGAAACGGGUUCUGAGCUGUCUAUUUUUGUGGGGGAUUUGGCUGCAGAUGUAACUGAUACGAUAUUACAUGAAACCUUUUCUAGUAGAUUUCAAUCUGUCAAGGGAGCAAAAGUUGUUAUUGAUUCAAAUACAGGUCGUUCAAAAGGUUACGGUUUUGUUAGAUUUGGUGAUGAAAAUGAAAGGUCAAGGGCUAUGACUGAAAUGAAUGGUGUAGAUUGCACAAGUAGACCUAUGAGGAUCGGUGUUGCUACUCCCAAGAAAGCAUCUGGUUAUCAGCAACAGUAUUCUUCACAAGCUGUGGUAUUUGCUGGUGGACAUGCAGCAAAUGGUUCUGUAGCACAAGGUUCUCAAUACGAUAAUGAAUCCAAUAAUACUACCAUAUUCGUUGGAGGACUUGACUCUGAUGUUACUGAUGAUGAUCUGAGACAACCUUUUUCCCAGUUUGGUGAUAUCAUCUCUGUCAAAAUACCACCCGGAAAAGGGUGUGGGUUUGUGCAAUUUGUGAACAGGAAGAAUGCUGCGGAAGCAAUCCAAAGUUUGAAUGGGACAACCAUAGGCAAGCAGACUGUCCGUCUUUCUUGGGGUCGCAAUGUAGGAAACAAGCAGUGGAGAGGCAAUUCCAGUAACCAGUGGGAUGGAGGGUAUUACCAAGGGCAAGGGUAUGGUGGUUAUGGUUACGGCUAUGGUAUGCCAUCAAAUCAGGAUCUGAGCACGUAUGCUGCUACAGCUGCUAUUCCUGGUGCAUCUUGACAGGGAGCAUAACAGAUGGAUCAAAGCAUGUACUGACGAAUACCGGUGGCUAUGUAAUAUGAGCUAUCAGGUGAAGUUUAUUUUCCAUCAGAUUUAUAAUUUAAGGAGGAAGGGGUUUUGUUUGCUGCUUUAACAGGUUAAAGAAUUUUGUUGCUGGAUUUAAUAUUUUUAAACCUUGGAGUUGUUUUAGAUAUGUCAUUUAUAACUUUAGAUUUUGUUGUGUGCUCUUUAUUUCUUUCUUUUGGGUGUGCUUGGGAACCAUUUAUUUUUGUUUUCAUUUGUUUAAAAAUUCACAAACAAUGAAAGAGGGACCCAGCUUAAUCAUUAAUUCUUUUCA